GCCUCUUUUGGGGUGGGGGCAGGGGGCCAGGCGAGAAGUGUCUGCCUGCUGAAGACUCCAGGGCACGGGAGACUAAAUGAUCACUGCCUGCGGUGGACAUGGGGAAGAAGCUGGUGAUGGCCCAGAAGCGGGGAGAGACUCGAGCCCUUUGCCUGGGUGUGGCCAUGGUGGUGUGCGCUGUCAUUGCCUACUAUAUCCUGGGCACGACCAUGCUGCCCCUCUACCAGAAGAGUGUGUGGACCCAGGAAUCCACGUGCCACCUGAUUGAAACCAACAUCAGGGACCAGGAGGAGCUGGAGGGCAAAAAGGUGCCACAGUACCCAUGCCUGUGGGUCAAUGUGUCAGCUGUGGGCCGGUGGGCCAUGCUGUACCACACGGAGGACACUCGCGACCAGAACCAGCAGUGCUCCUACAUCCCAGGCAGCCUGGAAAACUACCAGGUAGCCCGGGCCGACGUGGAGAAGGUCAGAACCAACUUCCACAAGCACCGGAUUUUCUACUGCUUCUCAACGACUCGGGAGAAUGAGACCACUGUCCUGUACAGGCGCCUCUACGGGCCCCAGACCCUCCUCUUCUCUCUCUUCUGGCCCACCUUCCUGCUUACCGGUGGCCUCCUCAUUAUUGCCAUGGUGAAGAUCAACCAGUCCCUUUCCAUCCUGGCGGCUCAGAGGUAGACCACAGCCAGGUCACAGGGGACUGGGUUGGCCCCCAGGCCUCUCUCUACUUAUGUAUCCGUGUCUCCUUCCCCUGUCUUCUCACUGUUCUGCUCCUAUCCAUCCCAGUUCUGCUGUGGGUGGGCCUUGGGAGAUUCCUUUGUUAAGUCAUUCCCCAUCAGGAAUAUAUAACAGCUUCCUGGGUGCUUCAGAGAGCUCCAGGCCAGCUGGUAACAGCUUCUCAUUACCUGUCCCCACCCAGCUGACUUAAACCCAUUUUCUACUGCACCGCUGACCCUGACCACAGACAGCAAUGAUGCUUAUCUCUGUGCCUAUGUUCUCUCAGUUGGCUCAAAAGCCAACCUUUGCCAUCCCUGACAAACCUCUGUUCCCUCUUUGAAUUCCAUAAUAAAAACAAUGGCAGCUCCCACGUAUGCAGAACAUUUAGAAUAUUGCUUUUAGGCCACUAAAUGCUAUAUGCAUUUUUAUUCCAAUAUUAACACACAUAGGCACAAAUUUCUAGUUGUAAACUACUUAAGUCACGGGAUGUAAUGUAUAGCAUGGUGACCAUAGUUAAAAAUUCUGUAUUACAUAUUGGAAAGUUGCUAAGAGAGUAAAUCUUAAAAGUUCUCAUCAUAAGA